AUGAAAGCCAUAGUAUCUAAGAGAUACAACAUUAUUAUGAGUGUUGGGCAGUGUAGGAAUGCAAAAAAGUUAGAAUUGUCUGAAGUUGAGGGAAGUUUGAAAGAACAUAAUGCCAAAUUAUGGGAUUAUGCAGCUGAAAUCAGAAGGACUAAUCCAGGUUCACAUGUUGAGGUGUUCUUGGAGCCACAACCUGAUAAUACUAUGGUGUUUGAUAUUUUUUAUGUUAGCUUUAAAGGUGUUGUGGAUGGGUGGUUAGGUGGAUGCAGAAAGGUAAUUGGGGUUGAUGGUUGCUUUCUUAAAGGUGUUUAUAGAGGGGAACUCCUAUCAGCAGUGGGUAGAGAUGCUAAUAAUAACAUCUAUCCCUUAGCUUGGGCAGUAGUCAAUGUUGAAAACAAAAGGACAUGGAAAUGGUUUUUGGACAACCUGAUGGAAGACCACAUUGGAGGAGGGAGUGGUCAUGGAAUUACAAUCCUCUCAAAUGGACACAAGGGAUUAUUUGAAGUUGUGAAGGAAAGACUUCCUGAUGUGGAGCAUAGAUUAUGUGCUAGACACAUUCUAGCUAAUUUACACAAAAAAUUUAAAGGAGAACAAUACUUUAAACCAUUUUGGAGGGCUAACAACUGUACCAAAACAUGGAUCCAAGGUGUUGGUCAAAAGCUUUUUUUUAGAGAGGGUAUGGACUGUGAUGCAGUAGAUAAUGGAGUUUCUGAAAGUUUCAAUUCUGAUGUACUUGAUGCUAGAAGGAAACCAGUGAUAACAAUGUUAGAGGACAUAAGAUGUUGGGCAACGCAGAGGUUAUGUACGCAGAAGCAAAAAGGUUUGAGUUGGGAUUUGGACAUAUGCCCAAGUAUCAGAAGGGAUAUAGAGGAUUUGAAAGAAUUGCAAGGAUUUUGGGUACCUUAUGUGAGUGGCUACAAAGAAUUUGAAGUGUUCUCAGGAAAUGAGAGGUAUGUUGUUGAUCUGAAUCAGAGAUCAUGUGGAUGCAAAGGCUGGCAACUCACAGACAUUCCAUGUGUACAUGCCAUAUCAACAAUUUCAUCAUUGAACCUAGAUGUGGAGGCUUUUGUAUCAAACUCCUAUACUAAAGCCUCUUUCCUUAGUAGCUAUGAGUAUAACAUCCACCCACUCAAUGACAGUUCUGAGUGGCCACAUGUUGAAGGACUUCUUACUAUUUUGCCUCCAUUAAGGAGGAGGUUACUUGGCAGGCCAUGUGUCAAAAGGAAAAGAGAUCAUGCAGAAAGAGAGCUAAGUGGGCACACAAGGCAUACUGUGUCAAGGGCAGGUAUUCCUUUAAGAUGUACCAUUUGCUACCAAACUGGCCACAACAAAGCCACGUGCCCAAGUAAGCCAACUCCAACUCCAAGCACAGCAGGUCCAAGUCAAUCAACUCCAGCUCCAAGCACUCCUACUCCUGAUGUAAAUGAAGUUCCUCUGAAGAAAGCUCAUGUCAAGAGAGCUCCUAUGAAGAAGACCCUGUGA